UCCCGUUCUGUCCGCCAUAUUGGAUUUGGGCUGUCAGUACUGUUGAGGCAGCAAGUUACAUUGGUUAUUUUGACAGUUUCCUUGGCACUUCAGGGAGUUUUUUUAAAGGCAAAUUAAACCCGUUUGUUAGUGGACUUAUUUAUUUUGCUGCAGGCAGCUUUGAAGAUGAGUCCUGCUGAUGCAAAGCGAGGGGCUAAACGCAGGAAGAACAAGCGGGGCGGUGGCAGUAGCGGUAGUGCCAGUACUAACAGUAGCUGCAGUAGUAACAACAGCAAUAGUGUUGGGACUGCAGGAGCCCUGAGGAGUCCACAGAAAACGGUGGCGUCAGUAGGCCUGUUGACAGCAGCGAACAACGGCAACCACACGGUUAACGGAGGAGAGGUUUCUGUCAAUGGAAAUCAGUUCACAGAUGGACCUGUAGUUGCAGAUUUCUCAGGGGCCCAUCAGACCCCAUUCACGUUUGGCUUGGGCCAGCGAGCACCUUACACAACAGGAGAACAUUGCCUCCUUUGUAGAAGUGAACGGAAAGAUUCACUUAUCUCAGAGAAUGGAACUACAAACUCCAACAAAAUAGCACUUUCCACAUCUCCCAAAGUGAACAGUAUGCUACAUCUUCCCUUGUGGGUGUGUCCAGACUGCCGAAGAACAGUUGAAAAAGAGGAAAGGCAAGCAACACUAGAGCAGCCUGUUCUGAAUCAAGAAUUUUUAGUGCACAUGCCACUUGGCAAUAGUAGUUCACAGCAGGACACAACGACAGGAGGCAUCCUAACAACUGGAGCACAGACAGUACCCUCUUCAAACCUCAACACUCUACAAACGUCAGAAGUAGCAUGCAAUUGUGAUGCAUGUAGUGAGCGCAGAGAAAUUUCAGCAGAGACUGAACGAGAGUCACAGCAGCUACAGAAUUACUGGUCAGAAGUAAGAUACAUGGUGCGAUGUAUUUAUCGUCAGGCUGGAACACCAUUGGCAGAUGAUCAGGACCAGUCCCUUAAAGAGGGUAUGAAAGAGUUAGUCGACAGGCUUUGCGAGAGAGACCCUUACCAACUCUAUCAGCGACUAGAACAGCAAGCAAGAGAGUAUGUGCUAGAAAUGAAGGUUCGCUUGCUCAGACAUUUAUCGUUUGGUUCUAAUCUAACUUCAGGUGUACAAGGUCCACCACAAGCACAUCAGCUCAUUUCACUCCUUUUUGAAGAAUAUAGUGCACUUUGUCAGGCAGCACGCACAAUCAGCACCUUCCUGGUUACUCUGGAAAAUGAACAUUUGAAGAAAUUUCAUGUGACCUGGGAACUACAUAAUAAGCACCUUUUUGAAAGUCUGGUAUUUUCUGAACCACUUUUACAAGCCAGUUUGCCAACACUGGUAGAACAGUUAAGAUUGGGAACAGCAUCACAUGACUCAUAUAGUGAAGAUAUGUACAGUACAUUGUUACAGAAGUACCAUGAAUUGGAACAGGAGAUGAGCCAUGUUUCUACAGAAUGGCAAGAAUGCCAGAAACAGAUAGAUGAUUAUGUGGAUGAACAGAUGGCUCUGAAGACGAAGCAGCGCUUACUUAAAGAAGACUGGGAAUUAUUUAAACAGAGGCGUGUAUAUGAAGAACAGUUAAAUGGCAAAAAGGUAGUACCUACAGGAGAAAAUAACUUCACAGAAACAAUGAGGCACAUGCUGUCUUCACGACUUAGUAUGCCUGACUGUCCAAACUGCAAUUAUCGGCGAAGGUGUACAUGCGAUGAUUGCAGCCUCUCUCAUAUUCUUACGUGUGGAAUCAUGGACUCGCCUAUAACUGAUGACAUGCAUAUCAGUCAGUUACCUUUACAAGUAGAGUCUACUACCGACUACCUUUCUGAGAUACGUCCACCUAGCAUGUCCUCUGCAAGUUCAGGGUCAGGCUCAAGUUCCCCUGUUACUAUUCAGCAGCAUCCUAGACUCAUUCUCACAGACAGCGGAACUGCUCCCACAUUUGGCAGUGAUGAUGAUGAUGGGCCACGUUUGUCGACUAAAUAUGGAGAUAUUUAUUCAGGAGCUCACUAUAACGAUGUCAGUGUUGUAGCCAACAUGAAUGGUAUUCAUGGUGAACUAAAUGGAGGGAGUGAAAAUAUGACUUUGAAAGAUGAGUCCCCGCAGGUAAGCAGCACUAGUAGUAGCUCUUCAGAAGUGGAUGAUGAUGAGGCUGAUGGAGAGAGUAGUGGGGAGCCACCAGGCUCUCCAAAAGAAUCGACUGCUCUUGGAAAGCAUGUAGGAAGAAAGGAUGAACUAAGAAAAAACAGUCCACCACCAUCCUAUCCUAGUCAGCAGAUCGACCAGGUUCCGAAUGCAUGCGAGUGCCAUGUUUGCAAGCAGGAAGUUUCCAGUCUGACUGCAUCAGCACUGGCAGUUGGACGGCUCCCCACCAGCCAUCAGUUUAUAAAUGCAGAAAAGCCUUCACAUCCAGCGCUGCACCUUUACCCACACAUCCAUGGACAUCUACCAUUACAUACUAUUCCUCACUUAUCCCGUCCUUUAAUCCAUCCCUCUCUUUAUACAUCUCCACCUUUUACACACAAGGCAUUACCAUCUGCAUCACUUUCAGGCCAUACAGGUAAACAUCAGGUUUUUAAUGCUUCCUUCCAAGACCAUAUGUACCCAAGCUGCUUUGAGAACACUCCAGAAUGGAACAGUUCAAAAGUUCUUAGUUUAUGGGGGUCAGAUGUAUUGAACGAGAAAAACUGGAACCCAGCUGCCUUUUUACCAGAGGCAUUUGCUGGGAGUGACGUAUUAAGUCAACAGCUUCCAGAGGUAAGACCAGAAGAGCAUCAUGUUGCAUCCAGUACAGACACAGCUGUAAUAGACAAAGAAAAAAAGAAUACUGCAAAGAAAAAAUGCUUGUACAAUUUUCAAGAUGUUGUAAUGGCAACCUCCUCUGCCACUUCCUCAGUAUCAUGUACAGCCACUACAGUACAGUCUAGCAACAAUCAGUUCAAUGUUUCUACUAAGAGGCCGUCAUCCUUAGGUGAAGUAUUUCAUAGUAUAGGUAAAGAGGACCACAGACAUCCUGUACCAGUUGCACCAAGAAAUAGCCCUACUGGAAUUGUAUCUCUUCAGUCUUUUGCACCUUCUGCACUGUCUCCAAACUCUGCACCCCAUAUUACUAGUCUUGGAACGCCACCUUUUCCCAAAAAAGCUGCAACAGCUCCUGGGUUUGUUGAUCCACAUUCAGGUGUCUGCUCCACCACAGCUGCAACCCUAACUACUACUACAAAUACUGCUACAACUACUACUACAGAUAGUUCUGUGAGUGCUCCACCAAGUGUUUGCAGUGACCCAGACUGCGAAGGCCACCGUUGUGAAAACAGCAACACUUACGAUCAUCAGCAGUAUGAUGGGGAGGAGAGCCAAGAUGAGGAUAGUUGUUCAGAAAAUAGCUCUAGCACUUCAACAUCUACAAAUCAGAAAGAAGGAAAAUACUGUGAUUGUUGCUACUGUGAAUUCUUUGGCCAUGGCGGGCCACCUGCUGCACCAACUAGUAGAAAUUAUGCAGAAAUGCGGGAGAAGCUGCGUUUGCGCCUUACAAAGAGAAAAGAAGAACAGCCAAAGAAGGAUGAUCAACCAGUGUCAGAUAGAGACAGUGUAGUUGACAAUCGGAAAGUAGAAGAUUUAUUACAGUUCAUAAAUAGUUCUGAGGCCAAACCUAUCAGCACAUCUCGGGCAGCCAAACGAGCACGACACAAACAGAGAAAGCUUGAAGAAAAAGCUCGCCAAGAAGCUGAAGCCUUAGAAAGGGAACACCAGCGAAUAUUAGAAAUGAAACGAAGGGAAGAGAAAGAAAGACUUGAACAGGAACGGCAGAGACAUCAAGAAUUCCAGAAGUUACGAGUUGCAAAGAAAAAGAGAAGGGAUAAAGUUAAGCUUGGUCUUCAAAACUCACAGUUAACAAAGGAAGCCACUUUAGGCACAACAGAAAACAUUGAAAAUGACAGAGUUCAUUUGCCAGAAAACACAGUGCAAUCAUGUUGGUCACCCUCUAGACAUUGCAACACUCAAGAAGCAAGGCCUUUACUUGAAAGCGGUAGUGUACAGCAAACUCAAACAAAUGGGAGAGACUUAAAGCAGACAGAGCUGCAAAGACAGGAAGAGGUGAAGCUGAAACAACCUGAGCUGCUUUCUGUCCUCUCUGAUGCUGUACUCUUUAAAGAAACAAAUGACUUUAGGUUGUUAAAACAGACAGACAGACAAGGCGCUGAACAAACAAAGAAACCUGAAGUUACACGAGCAACAGAGAGAGAUUCAAAGCCAGAAAGUUUCAGUAUCUUUCUGGAACCAAAAAACAAUGUUGCAGAGGUCACAUUAGUUGCUGAGUUGAAAGAAGAAAAGAAGGUAAAGGACAACAACAAAAAAAAUUUGUUUAAUCAUAUGAAAGAGGAUAAGGCAUUUGAAAUAAGUGACAGUCAUCCUCAAUGUGAUCAGUCUCAUCAACAGAACAAGCUACCUACUGCAGAGUCUCCACAGCCCAAAGGAAAAGGCAAAAAAAACAAGAAGAAAAAAGGAGAUAAACCAAGCAGUUCAAUUGAUGACGUGUUCCUGCCUAGAGACAUAGAUCUUGAUAAUGUGGAAAUGGAUGAGACCGAACGAGAAGUAGAAUAUUUCAAAAGAUUCUGUUUAGAUUCAGCCAGACAAAACAGGCAAAGACUGUCAAUCAACUGGUCCAACUUUAGCUUGAAGAAAGCUACUUUUGCCGCACACUGACUUCACACUUUAGCAGAAGAAACCCACAAGAACUAGUGAAUACAAUCUCUUCUGGUUUUUUUCAUGCUACGCUGAGAGCUGAUUUGGCCCUAGAACCGAGGGCCACCUUGCCUUGUCCCCAGUGCUGUAUGGAUCUACACUGAGUACUGUUGGCUUGAUAACUCAUAUGGACUGGAAAAGAAAUUGCCACUUUCUCCCUGGAUUUGCUUGUGUGCUUGUAGUCUGUGAGUGAGACUUCCAUGAUUGUAGCUGUGUGCUGUUGGAGUUGGAGCUUAAGUAACUUUGUUCAACUCCUAUGGAUUGUUGUGGCCUCAGAAACCUUCAGGCUACUUUUCUAGCUUGGAUAGAGGUCAAAACUGAUUUUGCAUAUUCUAUGGUGACUCCAUUCACAUCCACAUCCUUCUAGCCAUCUGUUUUUGGUUACGGACAAAGGAAUAAUGGACCUGGUCAAUCCUAUUUUCUUCUGCAUUCCCCAGGCAAGAAGUUAAAUCUUGACAUUUCAUGCCAGACAGAAAAAAACUUCAUUUUUUUCAACAGUCCACGUUUUAAGAAGUGUACAAGAUACACUUCUUGUGUUUGAUUUAUUUUCACUGACUUGUAGCCAGCUUGUGUAAGAAAACUUGCAAAAUGGGAAAGUUAAGAAAAGAACAAUACUCACACUAUCGAUCUGUUGUAGAGUGUAUAAUUGUAUUAACACUGAAGCCUAACUGGCUACUUUUUUAACAUAUUGUUAAGUAAUAUUAAAAAAAACAUGUCUUUCUUUUUGAAAGAUGGAAUACAUUAGUAUGGCAGACA